AUGGAGAAGCAUAAUCAUUCUACCUUGAAGGCACCGCAACAAGCUCCUCGGCAGGGAGUCGGGAGGUGGCUGAAAGUAGGCAGCGCCAUUUUUCUCCUCGGAGCCGCAAGUGUGUAUUUCCACCAACAAAAUAUUACCGUCUGGAGGUGUCAGGGACAGAGUCAGCCGCACAGCUCGGUAGUUCAUGCGGAAUCACCCUUUGGCCGGUACCCUCUACCUAAAGACCCCUUUCGGUUCAUCCCUUGCACCAACACUUCGCUUCCGCCAGCCCUAGACGACCACCGACCCGAUGAGACAUGGGCGGCACUGUUCGAUGCCGAUCCAUCGCAUUGGAGCUGGGGACACAAGACCGAGUCGACCAAAGGCGACGACGACCUAUACUCGGGUCGCGGUAUUUACCUAUGCGGUUACCUCGAUGUGCCUCUUGACUACACCAAUAAAUCGGACCCAAGAAUUGCUCGUCUGGCUGUAACCAAAUACCAAGUCUCUGGCCUUGCUCGCGUCGAUGUACUUCCCCACGGACACAGAAAUCCUCCUCCAGGAGCCAAAAGCAAACGCACAAUCGUGAUAGAGCCCGGCGGCCCAGGUGGCAGUGGAUCAAGGUACACUUGGCAAGUCGCCGAGACCGUAUCGAAACGAUUCAGCGAUGGCGAAUUCGAUGUCCUGGGAUGGGACCCUCGAGGCGUCAACACUACCCACCCAUCCGUCUCGUGCUUCCCUUACGAUGUUGACCGAGACCAUUGGUCGCUGCUGACCGGGCAAUACAUCGAGGUCUCGAAUCCCAAGCGUCAGCUCCAGCUUGCCGAUGCUAUGAACAAUGCAACUUUCAAGGCUUGCUGGGAGACUUAUGGUGAUAUUGGCCGUUUCGUUAGCACCGCUUUCGUAGCACGCGAUCUGGAGGAGAUACGCAAGGCCAUUGGCGAAGAUGAGAUGACUGGGUACUUCGUCAGCUACGGUACUGGCAUUGGCCAAACAUACGCCAACAUGUUUCCCGAUAGUGUUGGUCGGAUGAUUUUGGAUGGCACCGAAUACGUCCGCGAUCACCGCCUGCUUGGCGGAUUCGGGUGGACUGCCCUCGAUAACGCUACUGACGCCUGGCACGAUGGUUUCCUUGGCGAGUGUCUUAAUGCUGGGCCGGAGUAUUGUGCACUGGCUCGUUCAAAGAACGAAGAGCCCGUUUCUUUGAAGGAUCUAGAGACACGCCUGAACUCAUUGAUCACAUCUCUCAUCGACCGGCCUAUUGUGGGGUACAGGAAAGAAAGCGGUCCGUCGCUUGUGACGUACUCAGCUCUUGUCGCGGCUAUUUACAGCUCGCUAUACAACGCACGAAGUUGGCCGGCUCUGGCUCAAAUGCUUUAUGAAUUGGAAGCAGGCAACUCGACGCUUGCGACGGCUUUCCUCGAGCAAUCGAUAUGGCAGUAUGACCCAACUCUCCCAGCCACGCCGAAUAAGCGACCAGCUUCGGAAGAGCUCUCGUUCCUAGUCAUAUGUGCCGACGCUUACGAUGCCCCCUUGCCUCCUGACGGCUUGGCUUGGUGGGAGUCUCUGUGGACUAACAUGACUACGAAGUCCUGGGUCUCGGGCAAUUCGCGCUUCUUCGACGUCUUUCCCUGCAGGCACUUCACCACUUACUGGCCGAAGCCCGCGGAGGUGUACCGUGGCGAUCUGAAUAACACACUGAAGAACCCGGUCUUGCUUAUCGCAGAGACAUACGACCCGGCAACGCCUCUACGAAAUGGACGAAGGCUUCUCAAAGAAAUGGGAAAGAACGCAAGACUCAUCGCACAUCAUGGCUAUGGUCACGCGUCGAAGGACACCUCGAACUGCACCGACUCCAUCGGCAAAAAGUACAUUCUUGAAGGAGUGUUACCAGAUGAACCUGAGACUGCAUGCUACGCGAAUGAGAAGCCAUACUUGUACGGUGUGAAGGAUAAAAGCCUUCACGUGGCCAGUGAAGGAUGGGACCCUGUGCAAGAUUGGCUUGAGGCUCUUCGCUAG